AUGGGCCGCAAGAAGAUUGAUAUCAAGAAAAUACAGAACACAAGCUCCCUCCAGGUCACGUUUUCCAAGCGACGAACCGGCCUUUUCAGGAAGGCCAGCCAACUCGGUGCACUCUGCGGCGCUGAGGUGGCCAUCCUCGUCUUUUCUCCCCACGGCAGGCCGUUUGUCUUCGGCCACCCCUCCGUGGACUCCGUCAUCUCCCGCCUUGCAGGCACAAGCGCCAGCGCUGAGUGCAAGCAUGCAAGUGGUGAUGACGAGGAGACGCAAAGUAGUAUAGUCCAGUCCAAUCCGGCCCACUCUGGUACAACUUACGAAACAAGUCCAGAUAAAGAAAGCCUUUGCCUGCGAUUGCGAGUUGGUGGCGGCGGAAGCAUGGGACUAGUGAAGGAGGAGACACACGAGGUGGCGGAGGCGUGUAGCGGAGGCCGUGGGUUUUGGUGGGACCAGCCGACUGAGAAGAUGAAAUUGCAUGAACUCAAGCAGUUCAAGACAUCCCUAGAAGAUCUGAGGGCUAAGGUGGGCAUGCAGUUGGAUGAGAUGGCGAGGCGUAAAUUGGCUGCGAGGGAUUUUCUGGGUGUAUAUCGUAAUGGCAGCUGUGGUUAA